AUGGUUGAUGCUAUGGUGGUGAGUGAGAGUGAGUUUAAUAAAGCUGUUAGAAGAUUGGAGGCUAGGGAUGCUCAAGUUGGGAGAACAUAUGAGACUGGUGAGACUAGUAGAGCUGGAGUGGAAGAUGAUAUGGAUGAGGGAGCUGAGCUGGAAGAUUACAUUGGUGAGGGUGCUGUAUUGGAGGAUUACAUUGGUGAGGGUGAUGAGUUGGACGAUGAAAUGAAUGAGGAUGCUCAGUUGGAAGAUGACAUGGAAGAGGAAGAAGAAAUUGGGUGUGUUCAGGACACAUAUGAUCCAUACUCAUUAGACUGCUGGCAGAGAGUGUUAAAGCCCUGGAUGAUCUUUAGUGAUAAAGAGCAUUUCAUGUUUGUGUUUAGAGAUUAUUGCAUUCAAUGUGGUUUUGCAGUAGUAGUUGAUAGGAGUAGUCCUAAAAGGUUCACUGCUUCUUGUCUUGCUCUAAGCUGUGGUUGGAGAAUUCAUUCAAGCAGGCUACCUGAUGGAGUCACAUGGGCUAUAAAGAGUAUAAAGAACCCUGAGCACACUUGUGGAGGGUUAGAUGAAAGGAAUCCCCUGGUAACUAUUAAAUGGGCUGCAGAAAAGCUACUUGAAGAUAUAAGGGCAAAUAAUGACAUCUCUGGAAAGACAUUGAAUGAUCUGUUGUUCAGUAGAUAUGGAGUGCAUAUGGCAACCAGUACACUUUACAAGAUGAGAAGGGUAGCAUUGAAGGAGAUAAAUGGUGGCCAUGACACUUCUUAUGGGUAUUUUCCAAAGUACUGUGAGAUGGUUAAGGAAACCAACCCAGGAUCUGCAGCUAACUGUGCAUGGAAGCAACUUAAUCCCCCUGAUCCCUCCCUCACAUUCUCUAGUAUAUUCAUUUCAUUCAAGGCUGCCAUUGAUGGUGUUGUUACAGGGUGUAGGAGUUUAGUGGGGGUUGAUGGAGCUCACUUGAAAGGACAUUUUGGUGGGGUCCUUCUGUCUGCUGUGGCUGUAGAUGGGAACAAUGAGUUGUUUCCUUUUGCAUGGGCUAUUGUCCCCAAGGAAGAUGGUGACAGUUGGAAGUAUUUUUUCUGGCACCUUAAGCAUAUUCUGUCAGGUUCUAGGAGGGGGAAUGGUUGGUGUAUUAUUUCAGACAGACAAAAAGGAAUAGAUGUGGCACUAAAUGAGCUAUGGCCUGAAGUGGACAGGAGAUAUUGCUGCAAACACUUAGCCAAGAAUUGGAAAGCAACAUUUCCUGGGCCUUUAAUGCAUUCACUGUUUUGGUUGGCAUGUAGUGCAACAUCUCCUUUCACCUUCAAAAAAGCAAUGGACAGGAUGAAGGUUGUGAAUCCAAUUGCUUGUGAAUGGUUGGCUGAUCUGGGGGAGCAGUCAAGAUGGACAAGACACAAAUUUGAUCCAAACAUUUGCAGUGAUGAGAACAAGACCAACUUUGUGGAGAGCUUCAACUCAACUUUAGGUAUAGACAGAUGCAGGCCUGUCUUAACACUUUUGGAAGGUAUUAGAAGGAUGUGCAUGGUUAGACUGUCAACAAGAAGACAAAGGUGCAACAAAUGGAAUGAGGAUGAACCAUGUCCUAACAUAGUAAAGAGAAUAAGGAGUUUGACCUUUGAAUCAAGAACUUGCAAAGCUUAUCAGUCAAGUGAGGGUGAAUAUGAAGUGAAGGAUGGGAAGUCUAUGCUUCCUGUGUCACUACACAGGAAGACAUGUCUUUGUGGGGCAUGGCAAAUUUCAGGAUUGCCUUGCAAACAUGCAAUCAGAGCAAUCUUGGCUGCUGGAUUGAACCCAUACCAUUUCUGCAGCACAUAG